AUGAUCUAUCAGGACUUCGAGACCCCUAAAUUCGCUCGUGCUCACAGUGCAAAUAAUCGCACCAGAAAGUGGAAUUCUGGUUGUACUCCCCCUGCCAAGCAGGCCCGAAUGGAGUCUCCGUAUCGCCGUCUAAUACUACUGAUAAAUAGAGUUCCAGGAAGCAGUUCAGAAGAAGAAGAAGAAGAAGAAGAAGAAGAAGAAGAAGGUGAUGAUGAUGAUGAUGAUGAUGAUGAUGAUGAUGAUGAUGAUGAUGAUGAUGAUGAUGACGACGACGACGACGACGACGUGAUCGCUGGGACAAGAACUUUACUGACCUGA